CAGAAGGAAACUGGAAAAUGUAUUAUAGACAAUUUAAUUUUUUAGUGGUAGUGACACUAUCAUGUGUGCUAAAUUACUGUGAUGGAUAUUUACCCAAGACAAUUCCACGUUGUUCACGAAAAGUGCAAGAUCCAGCAAAGUGUAUUUUAGAUGCCGUAGAAAAAUUGAGACCCAACUUGGCCCGCGGCGAUUUGGGCGAAGGAUUAAAAAUUCCCAAAAUUGAACCAUUGUUUUUGACGGGACUCAGAUUUUACAGAGGACCGGAUGUAAAUUGUUUAUUUGAUGAUGUCACAGUUAAGGGAGCUAGCCAGUUCGUUGUAGAAAAAUUAAAAGCCAAUAUUGAGGACGUAACAUUCGAUUUCAUAAUUUACUUACCUAAACUAGAUUUUAAAGGAAAAUACAAUCUAAAAGUGAAAGUAUCAAUAUUUGACUUGAGCGGCAAAGGAGAUGUUCGCGGAGCAUUUUACCGGUCUCGUGCUCGUGUUCGUCUACGCGGUUACUUGGAAAACAUAAAUGGGGUCAAUUAUGUAAGAUUCCGCAAAUUGCAAGUUCGUCUGCGUGUCGAUGAUGCCAAAUUCCAGCUAGAUAACUUGUUCAACGGUGAUAAGACAUUGGGUGAAAUUGGAAAUGCUGUCGUGAACGCCAACGUUCGGCUCAUCUUGGACGAAUUAACGCCAACUGUUGAGGAGAAUUUGGUAUCGAUUUUCUCAGAUCUCGCUAAUAACAUUAUGAAAGACGUCACUUACGAUGAAAUGUUUCCCCCUCAGUAGAAAUUAAUUUUUUUUGAGCUAAGAACGACGUCAGUUUGAUUGUUAAAAUUAAAACACUAUCAUUUUCGCAUUAUUGACUUUUUUAAUUUAAGUUGUACACAUAAAUUUAUUAUAUAUUAUAUAUAUUGUUCAUGUCUCUG